AUGACGGUUCAAUUCUGUGAAGAUCUUAUCAAAAUCUUCCAGGUUAAUAUGCUGUCAAGAUUCCAGAGCUUGGAGUCCCUUGUAGUAGAUGAUUGUGGUUCGCUAGAAGAAAUGUUUGAACUACAAGGGCAAGAAGUUAUGGAGACACGUGCACUCACUCAGUUGAAAAAAUUAUUUAUGCGUCGUCUACCGAACUUGAAGCGUGUAUGGAAUAAGGACCCCCGGGGAACUUUCUCCUUACAAAAUCUACAAGAAAUAGAAGUUGUGGACUGUGAGAGUUUGAAGAAUUUGUUUCCAACCUCAGUGGCCAAAUCACUCCAGCAAUUGGUCAAUCUUCGAAUAUGCAGAUGUGGGAUUGAGGAAGUUAUUAACCAGGAAGAAGGUGCAAAAGAAGAUGUGAGAUUUGUGUUCCCUAAAUUGACUCUCUUGAAGCUUCGAAUGUUGAAAAAACUCAAGUGGUUUUACCAAGGGGUGCAUACUUUAGAAUGGCCAUUAUUGAAAACAUUGGAGGUAUCUGGGUCUAAUGAAAUUCAGAUAUUUGCUUCAAAGAACAUUAGAAUUCAAGAACCAAAUGAACAGAGUCAACUAGAGACAUCCAUUCAACCACUUUUCUUGGUUGAAAAGGUUGGGUUUCCUAGUUUGGAAACAUUGGCAAUCUUGAACAUGGAGAACUUGAAAAUCACAUGGCAUGAUAAAUUAGCUGAAGAUUCCUUUUUCAAGCUUCAAUCUCUAUUUGUCAAAGACUGUGAAAAUCUUGUGGAUAUCUUUAAAUCUAAUAUACUAACAAGAUUCCAAAGCCUAGAGGGAAUUUACGUAUCUAAUUGUGGUUCACUACAAGAAGUGUUUGAACUUCAAAGCCACGAUGUUAGAGAAAGACAUGCUGUGACAGCUAUUCCUGUGAAAAUAUUGAAAUUGCAACGUCUACCGAAGAUGAAGCAUGUAUGGAAUAAGGACCCCCAAGGAAUUUUCAGCUUUCAAAAUCUACGAAAAAUAAGUGUUUUGGAAUGUGAGAGUUUGAAAAGUUUGUUCCCAGCAUCUGUGGCUAGAUGGCUCAUGCAGUUGGAGGAUCUUCGGAUAGAAAAUUGCGGAGUGGAGGAAAUUGUUUCGCGUGAAGAUGUUGCAGAAGCUGCAGCAAGAUUUGUUUUCCCUAAAUUAACUCUCCUGCUACUUCGUAAAAUGCCAAAACUUAAGUGGUUUUGCCGGGGGGUGCAUAUUUCAGAAUGGCCAUUGUUGAAACAAUUGGAGAUGACUGGAUGUGAUCAAAUUGAGAGAUUUGCUUCAAAAUUUUUGAGCUUUCAAGAAACAGUUGAACAGAUCCUAGUUGAGCCCUCCAUUCAACAACCUCUUUUCAUGGUUCAAGAGGGUGCAUUUCCCAACUUGGAGGAUUUGAGAUUGGGUCGAAAUCACAACAUGAAGGGGAUAGAACUCGCCCAUUUUUUGGAAGAAGUGUGCUUUUGCAAACUAAAAGUUCUUUCGGUGAUUGACUAUCUAGCUAUUUCUAAUUGGUCUGGUUUUCUUAAAAGAUUACACAACAUAGAGAAACUUGUUUUGACGGGUAGUUCUCAGGAAGAAAUAUUCCCGUAUGAACUUUUUGAUGAGGAAAAACAUGAUAGGAUACUCCCACAACUAAGAGAAUUAGAGCUGUUAAACCAACCAUUGCUGACAUGUUUGUGGAAAGAAGACACUCAACCAAGCCUAAUUUUGCAUAAUCUGGAAAAUCUGAAAGUGUCACAAUGUGGCGAAUUGAAAAUUUUAGUGCCAUCCUCGAUGUCUUUCCAAAAUUUGACAAAUUUGGAAAUAUUGAAAUGUCAUGGAUUGAUUAAUUUAAUUACAUUCUCAACAGCCAAAAGUCUGGUACAACUCAAGAAAAUGAGUGUGAGUGAAUGUGACAAGAUAACAAAAGUUGUAGUAGGGGAGGGAGGUGAAGCAAGUGAGGUGAUUACUUUCACCCAGUUGACAUACUUAAAACUUGAUUCUUUGCCAAAACUUGCAAGCUUUUGCUUCGGAAGUUAUUCCUUUGAGCUCCCUUCAUUGGAAGAAGUAAUUGUGAGGCAGUGCCCUGAGAUGAAGAUUUUCUCUCGUGGAGCUUUAGGGACACCAAAGCUAAAAAGAGUACUAGCAACACAAGAAGAUGAAUGGCAUUGGAAGGCUGACUUGAAUACCACCAUACAUUGGCUCUGGGAGGGCAAUCUAUAA